AUGUCUGCUGAAUCCAUGACAUCCCGCCGCCAUAACGACUACGUCGGUGGCGAGGCCAGCGCAGGCCGUAUCCCCGGAGCGCAAGACGCAACCACAGGCCACUAUUAUACCGCCGUAUUCCCCAAAGAACCUGAGCAUGGGCCCAAACGUGCGCAGGAGCAUCUCCCCCCGCCAACAGGCCGCGACGCGCCUCCAGUUGCAGACGCGCCUCCGCUGGGGCGCAACAUCCGGCAGGUCAUCCCUGGGGACCAACAACCCGGGCCUCGCGCCGUCCCCGAGCCGCACCCUCGGUCGCCCGCCCCUGAUUCCCGUACCGUCAUUGAUCCUGACCCAUACGCGACCCCUACGACGGCCGGCGACACCCUCACCGGCGCUACCUCCGCAGACGUCCAUUCUGGUCUAGGUCAUCCCGGUGCGGGCAUGAGCAGUGCAGAGUAUCGCCACGACGGCAAGCCGCACAGGAAACGCCAGGCACAAGGCGUCUCGACGUACGGCUCUGGAAAAAUUCCCAGGGAAAAUCAGGCAGAAGCAGAUUAG